CAAAAAACAACAGCAAUAAGGAGAAGCAAAAGAAAAAGUCGAAAGAGAAGCCACAUUGAAUAUAAGAACAAGAGCUGUCCAAAAAAGAACGAAAGGCAGGCAGGGAAGAAAGAAGAAGAAAAAGGAACGCAUACAUUAAUCAGAAUCGUGUCUGUCGCAAGCAGCAACCACAAAAACAACAACAACCACAAUCAGUGCACAAAGGAAAGCUAAAACGGAACACGAAUCAAAUUAACAGCGUGUCGAAAGGAUUAACAGCAGCAGCUAGCUGGCUGAAGAACAGCUCUUGUGGCUGUGACAGCCAGAGCUAAACAACAGAGACAGAGAGAGAGAGAGAGAGAGAGGCAAAAGCACAAGUAGUGAGUUGAGUGAGUUUAACAGUUGUCAUGGACUCAACAGAGGAGCUUAACAGACCGAGGCAGAGAGCGAGGCGAUCAAUGCUGUUGCCGCUGAUGUUAACAGGGCUAAUGUUAAUGCUGCUGAUGCAGGAAACGGUGGCUCAUCGGGAUUGGAUGCAGAACUGCAGCAAUUGUCAUUGCCAUUGGAAUUCAGGGAAGAAGAGUGCCGACUGUAAGGGCAAGAAGUUGUCUAAAAUACCGCAGGACAUGAGCAAUGAGAUGCAAGUGGUGGAUUUCUCACAGAAUCAAAUACCGGAGCUGCGACGUGAGGAGUUUCUGGUGGCGGGCCUACAGAAUCUGCACAAGAUUUAUUUGCGCAACUGCACCAUCCAGGAGGUCAAUCGGGAUGCGUUCAAGGGCCUACCCAUACUGAUCGAGCUGGACAUGUCCAGCAAUCGCAUCCGCCAGCUGCACCCCAGCACCUUCGAGGGCCUCGAGAAGCUACGCAAUGUGAUCAUCAACAACAAUGAAAUCGAGGUGCUCGAGAGUCGUCUGUUCGUCGAUCUGCCCUUUCUAUCACGCGUCGAGUUCAACAACAAUCGAUUAAAGCAGGUGCAACUGAAUGUCUUUGCCGGACCACUCAGCGCCAUCUCUCUGGAGCAGAAUCAACUGACCCAUCUGCACAAGGAGACGUUCGCCAAUCUGCCCAAGCUGAAUUAUCUAUCGCUGCAGGGCAACGCCUGGAACUGUAGCUGCGAACUGCAGGAAUUCCGUGACUUUGCCAUUGCCAAGCGACUCUACACUCCGCCGACUGACUGCCAGGAGCCACGCCAGCUGCGUGGCAAGCUGUGGAGCGAAGUGCCUUCAGAGAACUUUGCGUGUCAGCCACGCAUCCUCGGCUCUGUGCGCUCCUUUGUCGAGGCAAAUCAUGACAACAUUACGCUACCCUGCCGCAUUGUCGGCACCCCACGGCCCAAUGUCACUUGGAUCUACAAUAAGCGACAGCUAAAUCCGGGACCCAAUGAUCUCCACAUACGCAUCCUCAACUCCGUGGAACAGGUGAGCGGGCAUCAGCAGACGGCUCAGGUGAUGACUUCCGAGCUGCGCAUCUAUGGAGUGCGUAACUCCGACAAGGGCGUCUACAUUUGUGUCGCCGACAAUCGCGGCGGCAAAGCAGAAGCCGAAUUCCAGCUCCUGGUCAGUGGCGUCUAUAUGGGUGGAGCAUCUGGCUCGGAUGGUCUCGGUGGCUUGGGCAUCAGUGGCGCCAUUGGCGCCUCCACAAGUGAUCCGCAAUCGAGCAUAUUUCUUGUCAUUUGCGUUAUUGUGACGACAUUUCUCGUACUGCUCAUUUUUCUGGUGCUGACGCUCUUCUGGUACUGCCGUCGCGUCAAGACCUACCAGAAGGACAACACCAUGAUGAGUGGUGAUGGCCUGAUCUCGUGCAAGCUCGAUAAGACGCACAACAGCUCCAUGCUGGAGGGAUCCGUCAUUAUGGAGAUGCAAAAGAGCCUCCUCAACGAAGUGAACCCGGUCGAGAAGCCCCCACGUCGCACCGACAUCGAGAGCGUCGACGGUGGCGACGAUGGACACGAGAUCAAGAAAACCCUACUGGAUGAAACUGCCUACGCCAACCACUCGCGGGACGAUGAGACGCACUCGGUGGCGCUAUCGGAUACAACAACAACGCCCCGUUCACGUCACACCUAUGUGGAUGAUACGUAUGGAAAUAGUUUGCCGCCCGAUCUGUUGGCAUUCCCGGCCCGUGUGCCGCCCACCUCACCCUCGAUGCAGUCCUCCCAGUCGAACAUACCCGACCAGGUUAUCUACGGCAUUCGCUCGCCCCCGCCCCUCACCAGUCCCGUCUACGCGCACAUGACGCCUCAUGGCAUCUAUGGCACCACAACGAUUGCGGCAGCCACACACAAUGGCUUCAUGACCCUCCAGCAUCCCAAGUCGCGCAACUUGGCGUUGAUUGCGACAGCGAACAGUCGGCAUCAGCAGCAGCAGCAGCAACAGCAGCAGAUGGCCGCUGCACUGCAGCAUCAGCAUCAGCAAUCCUCGUCGGCAUCCCCCUUUCUGCCCGCACCCGUUGUCUACUCGCCGGCCACCACAGCGGUGGUGAUGAAACAGGGAUACAUGACCAUUCCACGUAAGCCGCGUGUACCCAGCUGGGCUCCAAGCACAUCGGGCGCAGCGGCGGCGGCAGCAGCGGCUGCAACCGGAUCCCAUCAUGGCACACAGCUUAGCGAAUUUCAAUCGCCCACAUCUCCCAAUCCAAGCGAAACGGGCACAGCCACAACUGCUGAACUGCAGGCGGAACCGGUCUACGAUAAUUUGGGAUUACGAACCACAGCUGGCGGCAAUUCGACACUAAAUCUGCAUAAGGCAACGGGCGGACAGAGCAGCACACAGGGUGCCCAACAGCAGCAGCAGCAACAAUACACAAUGCGAGAUCGUCCGCUGCCUGCCACGCCCAGUCUCACCUCGGUGGCAUCGGCUGCCAAUGCGAGCAAAAUCUACGAGCCGAUACACGAGCUCAUCCAGCAACAGCAGGCAAUGCAGGCACAACAACAGCAGCAACAGCAGCAACAGCAGCAGCAGCAGCAACAACAGCAACUGCAACAUUUGUACAAUUCGGAUACGGAGCCACUUUAUGGGGCAUCAUCACGACAUCAUGGCAUCACGAUAUUGCCUGGUUCGAGUAUUAGUGGCAUCGGUGUUGGUCUUGGCUCGCCCUCAUCUGGGUCGUUGGGUGGUGCGAGUGGUGCGGCUGCGUCGCCAACGCAUAAUAGCGGCGAUUCGCCAAAGAUAGCAAAGAUACCACCAAGGCCGCCGCCGAAGCCCAAGAAGAAAAUGUCGGUAACAGCGACGCGCAGCGGACAGGGUAGCACAAGUCAGCUGUUCGAUGAUGAGGGCGAGGAUGGCACCGAGGUUUAGUGUAGCAAUUGCAAGCAGCGAACGUGAUUGCAAUUACAAUUAAUUCCAAUUGCCUUUUUAGCAACAGCAAAUGAUGAUGAUGAGGAGGAGGAUGAUGAUGAUGAUGAGCAAGCAACAGCAGCGACAACAACAGCAACAGUAACAGCAUAAAUUAAUUAAGACACCGAGCAAUAACAGUAACUGCAAACAGCAAACAGCAGAUAGCUAACAGAACGCGACUAUGUUAAGACAUAGCAUAAAAGAGACAGUGUAUGAUCGCUGUUAAGUUGCUGCUUGUUGCUCUUAAUGUUGAGAGCGUAUGUUAAAUUGAACACCAGCAGCAGCACCAGCAGCAGGAGCAUUAGUUAACAGACGCUGUUUGUGAACAGUCGCUGCUGCUACUGUUGCUGCUGCUGCUGCUGCUGUUGGGCACGACUCGCCCUGUAAGCGCAACUCAUUUCUGUUUCUCGUCCGCGCAGUUUGCGUGACUUGUGUGCCAAACCGACUGAUGUAGAAUUUAGUAAUUAAAACCGAUGAAAAUACGAAGCAAGAAACCAACAGCAAAAUCAAACAAGACGAACAUGAAAUACGCCUACAUCAAAUAUACAGCAUAGGGUGGGCGAUCAGCAAAAAAAAACAAAAAAAAACGUAGAAAAAGGACAGUACGCUGCACAGUGUGGCAAGCAGCUAAACUUUUUUUUUAGCAGCUAGCAAGAAAAGUAAAAACCCAAAAUGAGUACAUAUUAGCACAAGAGUAUGUAAAAAUCCCAUUUUAAUCAUAAAUAAACCAUAUACUACUCCAAUUUUUUUUUUUUUGCAUAGAGUUAGUUAGUUUGGUACAAAAAUGCAUAAAUUACAUAUAUGUAUAUGUAUACAUACAAAACUAUAUAUAAAACAAAACAAAAAACACAUACACACACACAUUUAAAGCUAAGCAAACUAUAUAUAAAGAUUAUCUAUAUAUUUAAACAA